GCUGGGCCUCCCAGGGUAGAUGGAAUAGAAAGCCGGUGGUUAUUCCAAUAAUAUGCCCACUAAUAUACACAACUCGCAGUGAAUUGCCGUCAAGAUGCGGCACAUAAUUGAGUUAUCCGCCAUUUGCUCAAGCGGCAAUGUCGAUCACGUUGUAAAACUAACGUUCAGGUUUCCUGUGAAGGUACUAUGACAUCAUUGCACUACGUCACUGCUGAAGUCACCGAAUUCGAACAAGGUGCUUCAGUCUGCAACGCCUGGGACCGCUUCAAGGCACUCCGCUAGACUUUCAGCGCCUAGUAGCGGCAAUCAUCCCGAAUGUUAUAUAUAGACGAAUCAUCUGUUCGGCAGUGUGGAAGGGUUUUUUAUCAGUUUCAUCUGCUCAUUGAAGGUCCCUGUCUGAUUUCAAAUGGUGACUUAGGCCAGCCACAAAUUUCCUGCGGUGUGGCCGGAAAACGGUCCCAAGAUUGCCGUUAUCCGACAACCUAACACGAUAGAGGACCGUCUGACGCACUUCCUUACGAAGUGUAAACUCAUGUUUUAAGUCAUCCUCUCUCGACGUCAAUACAUUUCGUGACUAUGGUUCAUAAGUCACCGUAGGUGGACGUAUGACUUCAGUUUGACAAACGAGGGACUUCCAGGGUCACUCGACGUGCGGCGCGGUCUCUUGCUCUUGCCUCCGCCGCUGCAAGUGGACGGCCCGCUUCUCGGCUUCUUCUCGGCUUUCGACGGAUCCGUCUUCGGCUUCUGCUGGCCCUCCGACUGCGGCAGCUUGCCGCCUGCGCCUCUAGGCUUCUUCUUAGCUUCUUUUGCCUUCUGCGCGCGUGCCACGACUGCGUCCGCAGACGACGCCCGCUUGGUCUUCUUCUUCUGCCCUUUCGAGCGUCUUUUCGACUCCUUCCCGUGUUCCGAAGUCGUCUGUCUCCCCGUACCUUGACCAGACGUCCCUUCGGCGCCGUCCAGAUCCAUCUUUAACGCUCCUUUCCUACUCCUAACUCGCCCCGGCCUUUCUGCGGCGUCCGUAAUGUGCAGGCGUUGAAGAGCCCUCACCAAGCGUUCGUACUGCCUCGUUCGCUUCAACGCCAUCUUCUUGGUCGGCGCGGCGCCGUGUUGCGGAUUCCCGACGUCCAUAGAAAGUGCAUCGCCGACUUCCGCCCAGUCCUUGAGAAACGGUUUGGACAGCUUACGCUUCGGGGGAUUCUUCGCGACUUGCUCCGUAGUCCCGGACCCUUUCGUCAGGUCCAAAGCUCCUGGACAGCGUUGCAGGCUCUGGGACGACGUCGCCGCCGACGCCGACGCCACCUGUUGGCGACUUCCUUCGUCGCGUGUAUCGCGAAGGUCAAGCGGGACGCCCGAGGCCAUCCGAGACGAUGACGGCUCACCCGUGGCCGGCCCUGUGAGCGCAUCGGGACCGCCGUAUGCCAGUGCGACCGUACCUUGAGCUUGGUUCUGCGUGUCUUUACGACUGUUCAAGGGAUGCGAUGACGACGAAUCACCGGAAGCCAUGGGCGCUUGAUGAAGCCGCUCGCCGGCCUCAGCGACGAUCACGCAGCCACGCAGGACACGAGAUGCCUGGCAAUUCUAGUGCAGCGCUGGUAACACCAGCACCGCCGAAAAAGCUCCUUCGCCAUGGACACGCCACAAACUCUUCUUCGGGGGCUAGGCGCAGGCCGACACCUGGAACUGCCAGUACUGACCCACUCUCCAAAUCGGUGGUUGUCGCACUUGUCGAGGGACGCGGACUGGCCAGAGGCGAGAUCGGCAUGGCAUCGUUUGACAUCAGAAACCCAGAGUUGGUCUUGGCGCAGUUCCCAGACAACAGGAUGUACACCAACACCCUCAUGAAGCUGCAAGUUCUCGACCCUCACGAGAUCCUCCUGCCCAAGACACUGUUUGAGGCCAACUCGAUGCCCCAGCUCAUGAGUCAGCUGAAGCAGGAGAUGCCAUCCACAACCGUCACCAGCCUGGCUCGCAAGCUGUUCAACGAAAACCUGGGCAUCCAAUACGUCAGGCAGCUCUGUGUACCCGAGUACAGUUCAGUCGAGACUGAAGUCGUUAACAAGUACUAUGCCCUGUCUGCCACGGCUGCGCUUAUCCACUACGUGGAAGUGAUGCAGAACGUCGCUUGCACAGCUCACUCCAUCAAAGUCAUCUUUAGUACCGGAGAGGGAGUCGCUCGAAUCGACUCAACCACGAUGCACGACCUUGAGCUGCUGACCAACACCGUGGAUCCUAGGAGCUCGAUGUCGCUGUUUGGUGUGCUGAACCACGCCAAGACACCAGGCGGGUCACGGCUGAUGCGGGUGAACAUGCUGCAACCUCCGCGCGACCUGGACACCAUCGUGCAGCGCCAGAAGGCCGUGCAGCAGAUUAUCGACAGCGAGGAGUUCUUCUACAACUUCCAGUUUCUGCUGGCCAAGUUUGCGGACAUGGAGUCCCUCCUGGCGGCGCUGGUCCAGGUGCCGCGCGUCGAGACCCUACGCACCAUGGAGGCAGCCGUGCACAACUGCGUCUGCAUCAAGCACAUCCUCGAACACGUUGAGCCACUGCGCAUCGUGCUGGAUAAGUGUGAGGACACCCUGCUGGGGACGUACGCGUCGUACAUCACCGAUGUCCGGUACGGCCAAAUGCACGAAAGCAUCUGCGCGGUGAUAAGGGAAGACGUCGUUUACCAGAAGGGCAUAUGGAACAGGGUCCUCCAGCUCUGCUUCAGCAUAAAGCCUGAUGUCAACGGCCUUCUCGACAUCGCCCGGAGGACGUACUCAGAAGUGCAAGAUGAUAUUCAUGAGAUGGUCGAGAAAGAUAUGGCACUGGAAUGCGCAUUGCCGCUCAGGGUGGCCUACUCUCAGCUUCGCGGCUUCUACAUCCAGAUGAACUACACGGGUAGCAUUCCUGAGCUGCCCGACAAGUUCAUCAAGGUUUCAGUCACAAAGACAACUAUCUCAUUCACCACCGACAGCCUGAUCAAGAUGAAUGACAGAGCUAGAGAGGCCAUGCACGAAAUUGCUCGUCUAAGCUCAAGUGUCCUGACCUCUGUCCUCCACAACGUUGUCUCAGACAUUGGCUGUCUCUACAAGCUUGCUGAGGUGGUCUCCAACGUCGACUUCCUCCUUUCGCUGGCAGAAGCCUGCACGCUGUCUGACUACGUUCGCCCAGAGUUUACCGACACCCUGUGCAUUGUCGAAGGUCGUCAUCCUGUGCUGGAGAAAUUAGGCAUGCGUACCUUCAUCCCAAAUGACUCAUUUGCAAGCUCACACCACAACUGCAAUGUCAUCACCGGUCCAAACAUGAGUGGAAAGUCAACCUACCUGAAGCAGGUGGCAGCGCUGCAAGUGAUGGCCCAGCUGGGGUCCUUUGUGCCGGCCAAGUACGCAUCGUUUCGCAUUGCCGACCAAAUCUUUGCACGCACGGGACACCGAGACGACAUCGAGACCAACUGCUCCACGUUCCUUAUGGAGAUGCGGGAAAUCAACUACAUCCUGCAGAACUUCACUGACACGUCUCUCAUCAUCAUCGACGAGCUCGGACGAGGUACCAGCGAAGAGGAAGGUUCGGCGAUGUGCAUUGCAAUAACUGAGAAGCUCAUCAACUCCGACGCUUUUGUGAUCAUCGCCACUCACUUUGACAUGAUGACACAGCUGGAAUCCAUGUACCCGAACGUCAUAAACUACCACAUGGAAGUGGAGACCGAGACCGAGGCGGAAGGCGAUGACAGUCCCGACGCCGGUGCCACGAGACUGCGGUACAUACACAGGCUGGCCAGGGGAACGUGCUCCGAGCCUAACUACGGUCUGAAGCUGGCAGAGAUAUCCCACACCCCCAGCGACGUCCUGGCAAGAGCCUACGAAGUGUCCAACCUAAUUUCAGCUAGUCUCUCCGAGGAUGAUAACAGUCCACUCUUCGAAGACGACGUGGAGAGGAAGCUGCGCAGAGCCGAGAUCGAGCUCGCCGGCACGCUGGGGGUCCUCGCGCUGCACUCGAAGAUGGAAGGCGAAGAGCUGAGACUUCGACUCCUCGAGGAGCAGCGGAAAGCGCGGGCUCUGACAGACUUCCGCCGGUCCCUCACAGAAAUGAACCAAGAAUGACUCGCAUUUCUAAACUCCCAAGUCAUUUGUCCGUUUUAACUGUCGCGCAGCUACCACAAUAAAACUUGCGGUAAGCAUUUUUAAUAAAGCGACGUCCAUAAAGGC